GCAGCAGCAGCGGUAGCAGCACGACGACGACAACGAGCGCGACGGAAUGCUAGUAUGCGUGCUUCGGGACUGCGGGGUGGGAGAGACGAUAUAAAACCGGCGUAAUUUCAAUGCUGUAUUUUAGUCUUUCAACAACACUUGUCGUGGAAACACCUUUGAAGAUUUGUACUGUUUUGCUCCCACAUAUGUAUCCGCGUGUACGCCGCCACUAUCAAAAACAGUGAAAACACUAAACACUUGAACCAGAGAUCAGACACCUCAACCCCGCGUUCCCCUCUCCCAUGUGCGCUACGAUUUAUGUGUUACGUUACGAAAAAUCCGAUCGAAUAUAGAAUAGUUUCGAGGAAAAGUUCAAUUUGCUCGAUUUCGUUUUUUGGACUGUGGUGUUUCAAGAGUUUGGGACGAGGAAAGCCAAGGGAAAAGUGAAGCUAAUCUGUGUUGAAUGGAUGUUUAAUAAUUGGUGCGAGUUGGAGUUCGUUACCAGAGAGUUGCGGUGAACGUUUGAAGCUGAUUUUGAUUGGCGAUUGACGCAGACAGAUCGAGGAGGCAAGUGUGCAUGUUUGCAGAGAUUGAUACCCACUACAGGGGUUAAGCAGCUGAUUGGCAGAAAUUGGAAAAUCAAAGCGUUUGGCCACCCCUUUAGAAUCCUGUUUUUCGGAAAGCUAGGUCCUUCAUGUGGAAUAAUUCUGAAAGUGGCAGUAGCUAAGUUUUCCGAGUAAGAACAGAUCGCUGAAUUGAAAAGAGAGAAGAAAUUGAACCAAAAUCAACCUUCCAAAGUUACUAAAUCAAAAAGAAAACGACAUCACAAGAAAGUACCAGUGCCUUAAGUGAGUGAUAGACAAAAGUAAAUUAAAAACACAUUAAAUUUAGUUAAACUGACAAAAAACCGUGUGUUUGCAACAAUUUCGACUGAAAAGAGAGAGAGAACAAAAGUCAACGGACGGAGAAGAAAAACUUUUUUGAGCCAUUUCACUCUAAUCAACGAUAAUUCAAAUCAAUUGUUAGUUGCAACAGUGCAUGCAAGAAGAAAUUGUGUACAGCAGAAGAAGUAUAUAGUGGAGCUCGAAACUUGAAAGGAGGAAAAAACUGAGGCACUGAACCGAAUUUGCUUCUCCUCCAUCCGCCCAAUCCACGUCUUCUCCUGCGUUCGGACAGUACCCGCGCACGUGUGUGGUGCAGAAAAAAGUAAGUGUAAUUGUGAAAGUACCCUAAACCGAGCAUCACGACGAACCACGGGAAAGACUUUGACGAAUGUAGAAGAGUGCGGAACGAAAAGAAAAAGCAACCACACGCAAGCAGCAACAACAACAACAAAAACGAAAAACGACUACGACUGCUCCAUUGCAUCAACCACAGCAGCAGCAGCACUAUUGGUGAAUGAAUUCAGCCAAGAGGAAAAAAUCAUCGGUGCGAAGAAAGCAGAAGGAGGAAAACGGAAAAAUAGUGCUUGAAGUCGUAGCGAAUUUAAUGCAUGGAAAACGUCUAUAACAGUAUUGGAGUAUUGUUUCGUGCGAGAGCGAAAUUGGAAAAAUUAAUUCACCCACCCCAGUGAUAAUCGGCUGUGCAGAAAUAUUUAAUUUAUUUCUACGUUGUUAAUUUUAAAAAUCGUUCGGAACAAAACGAAGAAGGUUGAUAAGCAGCAGGAACACACAGGAAAGAAGAAACAACGGAACCACUGCAAAAGUAGAUAACUAUACUUUUACUCAGAAAUAAACGAAGCCAUAUUAGAUAGCUAACUUUACGAUAUAGCAAUCAAAAAACUAGAGUAUAUACGUAUCAGCGCUGCACGGCAGCCCAACAAGGUGUUUGCUAGGGAAGAAUAGCAAGCAAGCAAGCAAGCAGAAACAUGUCUUCAGUAAGUACCCCGACUGGUGAAUCAGUACCGCUGGUCACCCCACCGCCGUCAGUUGCCAACAAACCAGAGAUGGAGGAGGGAGCGGCGCCAGCAGUCACGGCUGUGGAGCCAACCAGCGUGGCAAAUAGCAGUGGUAAUGCAAGAAUUGUUGAAAAGGUGGAAACCGCCACUAUGACUGAUAUGCUUCCUAUGGAAAAAGAAGAAAGUGAAAGUGCUGCUCUGAGUGGCAAACCCGCCAAUGUUGCGGGCACGGACGUUGAGGAAGCAAAGAAAUGCACCGAAAAACCCCAGCAGCCCCAGCCAUCAGCCGAAGUUAAGUGCUCAGCUCCGAUUACGAUUGCUGAGAAGAGUGAGACAAUCAUCAAGGAAACAAUUCAGGAGGCUCUAGAAGCCUUAGAACUGGACGAUACGGUCGAUGCGGAGGAGCCUGACACUCUUUCACCUUUGAUGACCGAUAAUCACACGUUCUUACAGCAUCAGGAGCUGUUGCGAGAAGACCCAGCACCCCAGCAUCACUACCACCAUCAUCACCAUCACCAUGGACAUGAUGAGAUCCACGAUUAUGAUCUGGAUGAUGAUGAGGAAGAGGAUGAUGAGUUGUAUUUGGAGGAAAAUGACCAUAUGGGACAAGCCCCACCGUCAGUCAAAAUGUCCCAUUCAGACACGAAGGAUUCAAUUAGUUCUAUCGACAGCGACGUAUCACUCUCGUUCGAUAGAAGAAAUUCAACAGAGUCCCAGAAUCCUCCAGAAGAUGCUGGAGCUGGAUCCUCGGAUGAUGCAGCAAAAGACUCCGGCUGCGAUGUUGCCAAGAAACUGGACGAAAAUGCACCCAACGAAGAUGAGGCAUUUGAAGUUCCUGACGACGAAAUGUGCGAAAAGAUCAUUGAGCAAGUCGAAUUUUACUUCUCCAACGAGAACAUCCUGAAGGAUGCAUUCUUGUUGAAACAUGUUCGUCGCAACAAAGAAGGAUUCGUUAGUUUGAAGCUGGUUUCAAGCUUCAAGCGUGUCCGCCAACUGACGAAAGAUUGGCGAGUCGUUGGCGAUGCCAUCAAACGCAAGAGCGUCAAAAUUGAGCUUAAUGAUUUGGGAACGAAAAUUCGACGACUGGAGGCGCUUCCGGUAUAUGAUGAAACAACCCCAUCGCGCACGGUCGUUGCCACCGGAUUGCCAUAUGAUAAAUAUACGGUGGAGAAAGUUUCGGAACUUUUCUCGAAAUGUGGUGAGAUUUCGUUGAUCCGCGUUCUUCGUCCAGGCGGCCCUAUCCCAGCUGAUGUCCGCCAGUUCAUCAACAAACACCCAGAGCUGCAGCAAAACGAGUGUGCUCUGAUUGAGUUUACCGAAUCUUCAUCUGCUCGUCGAGCCCAGAACAUGGACGAGUUCAUAGUCCUUGAACUAGUCGCACCCAAGAAGAAGACUGGCAAAAAGGCCAACGUAACCAAAUUCGUCGAAAACUACAAAUACGUUGCUGGUCACGACAUCGAGCGUAGCCGUGGAGGCGAAACUUUUGAUCGGUACAAAAUGCGACGUGGAUCAGGUGGUUUCUAUCCCAAGUCAGAAAUGCAGCAAAUCUAUCAACAGAUGGUCUCGCAACCACCACCACCAAUGCACCAUGAGCAGCCACCCAUGCCGCCUCAGAUGAUUCCGCUACAACCACAGCAGCAAAUGCCGCAGCAACCGAUGUUCAUGCCGCAGUCGCCCCAGCAGAGAAAGUAUUCGUACGGAAAUGAAAACUUUGAUUAUUUCAAUCGCCGUCCUAGUGGAUUCACCAUGGGCGGCAAUGAUCCGUCGCGCAAGUAUUCCAGCUGCUCGGAAGGAUAUUCUAGCUGUGGUGAAAUGUCCAGGCGAACUUCUCAAUGUUCGUCCAUGGCAGAUAGCAUGUCCCGGCGUACGUCCAACUGCUCCGAAGUGCCAUCGCGAAGAUCAUCUAACUGUUCUGACUUCUGCUCGUGCUCACGUCGCAUGUCUCAGUGUUCGGAUGUCUACCGCCGUAUAUCACAGUGCUCGGACCAUAGCAACCGCAAAUUCUCGGUGGGCUCCAACUUUGAGCGUAAGUUUACGAAUUCCCCGGAAAUGGGCAUGCCUCCACAGCGUCGCAUUUCUAUGGAAUCCAACUUUGAGCGGAAGUUUUCCAACGGACCGAUGAACUACGAAAGCCCCAACAUUUCGCCGAGGAAGUAUUCCAACGGUUUCGACCCGCUGAGAAAGCUGUCCAGCAGCUCCGAGUACUACAACGGGCGCCGUAUUUCGACCGAUUCGGGCUACGAUCGCCGCAUCUCGAUCGAUUCGGAGUACUCGGUGGGAGGACCACGGUCCCGGUCUAACAGCGCCGUACAGAUGCAGUGUCAGCAGCAUGGACAGAACACCGAAACUGUGGUUCGUACCCCGAUAGGACCGGACGGCAGCCGGGGCUUCGGUUCGCGAACUCGUCGCGUCGGACAAAUUGUCCCCCCAGCCCAGUAGGAGAACACCCCAGGUGAGAAUGCGACGCAGAAAUAGCGAUAGAUUGAUCCCGUCCCACGCUGCAUAGCACGCAAGAGACGAAUAAGGUUCGGUUAGGUCACAUUUUGCUUCUAAUUUAAGAGUAUUUCGUCCUUAAGUAUUUUGCUUUUAUACAACAGACAACAUACACACAAAAUUGAACGAUCGCGCGUAUGAAUGAAGAGAGGCUCCCACAUAGAACACACGCGUGCACGCGAUCGUCGCGCGAAUUUGCAUCGUGGUUCAAAACUUUCGCUAUACGUCCGCGGGUUAUUUUUCUCACGCUUUUCGCGCACCAAUGCAGCUCUCGAUCGCAGUGCAUCGCUAUGUGUACGCAGCGCAGUAUGCCGAAGAAUGAGGAAGAGCUGCGGCGGUGCGCGGCGAUCGUGAAUAAUUGCACAAAGUCAACAAUCGAGUGCUUAUUCAUCUAUACCGCUACCUACGCACACACAGGCAUAGCUGUAGUCAGUGCUACAGUUGUAUGUACAACGCGGGUAAUGCCAGUUUACGAGCGUUAGUCGGCAUUGGCGUAGAUGGGGGCGCCCGUCGAAGGAGAGGGGUUAUUUUGAUCUUUUCAAUGUCGAGCGGUCCUUGUGCAAAAUUUAUUACGCGAAGAAAGCGGGUGUUUUUGUCAGCUCAGUUUUAAGAAGGGAUUCACCGGAUUCACUGAGAAGCUUGAUUUAAUUCGAGUUGACAUUACGUAUGGAAACAUUUUGUGGCAGCUGCUUGUUUACCUAACAUUUUGAGAGUACAAUUUGAAUGCUCUUUUUCUAAUAGAUGAGGUCAUCAGCUAACCCAUCAUUCUUCUUCAAGUAGUUGCUUUAGAGUUGCCACUUGAUUACUUCUCAGGUGAUUCACAUACCUUCUAAGAUAAAUUGAUCAAGUUCAAAUAACUCCUUAAAAUCAGAUAUCGUAGAAUUAUCUUUGUUUUAUUUUGACGCUUGAUCGAUUAUCUUAGACUUCUAAAGUUAGUUUUUCUACAAUUAUUGGUUAUCUAAUUGUAAGAGAAAGAUCAUUGAAGAGUUCCUUUUCCUUCAAUGACCUCCCCAACUACGCCAAUGUGCAUUGAGCCCGGUCAGGUCUGCAGAUAAAAACGUGCUCUCGGCUUCGCUGGCUGUCUGGUUUCGACCCGAGAAUGUUGCUGCCAGAUCGCGGUAGCAGCGGCAUGAGUGAGCAACGCACGACGCGACGGAAGAGGCAGACAGCCUGGCGUGGCACGUGAGCUUAGGCCAAGCGCCUCCAAGAGCAAAGAGAAAGACAACUGGUGGUCUGGUGGCUGCCGACGAGGUUGAGUUGCUGUUCCGAUCUUCAGCAGCCGCCACCACCACACACGGACUGGGACUGGCUUUGACUUUGACUUAGGAGAGGUGCAGCAGCUGCGCAGCUCACAGCACCGGCGCGAUCGUCGCCCGAUCACCACGAGCACAGACUUUUUUGUUUUUAUUUUGCAUUACCUUCGCGAGUUUCGAUCCGUCCGACCCGACCGCGAGUCAGCAACCGAAGCGAAUGGUUUUGAUGAAUGGGCGAUGGGCGCCGCUUCGUUGCGGUGUGCGCGGCUGUGUAGGCUGCGAUGCGCGAUCGUUGUUGGCUUUGCGUCGCAGCGCAGCGCGUUUUGAAUCAUGGGUGCGCGAUCGCGGAUAGUAGGUGCUGCGGAAAAGGACGUCGCGACGCAAUCGGAUGAGGAAUGCGCGCAGCAGAGAGUGAGAGUGUGCACAUGGGGCGUUCUUGUGGUGAGCCGUAUGUUUGCGAUGGUUUGUCGUUUGUGCGUGACGAGAAUCUUGAAAGAUUUCUAUUUUUAUUUAGGUUAGGACUUUUUUGUUUCGUUGUACUUUUUCAUCGCUGUUACUUUAUUAUCAUCGACCUUGUAUCUCGUGACAAUGGUUAGUUAUUUACUGUAAAACCCCUCGUAUUUAUUCAAAAGAAAAACUGUUCGCGCAUUACUAGUUGUUACAGCGAUACACACAUACACAUCACACAUACAUAUAUGUAGGUAGUUUGUUAAAUUGUGGGAGGAGUCAAAAGUGCGCAUCACGAAUGAUAGUCUCUAGUGCUAAGUGAUUAGAGUUUAGGUUUCUAGUGCCUCCUAGGCGUUUAAAUUUGAAUAUACAAUGGAAUAUGCUGCUGUCAUUUAGUGGUCACUGCUGCUGAUCUGUUAUUGAAGGAACUGGCCUGCGUGAGGAAUUUGGUUCCGGAAGCAACCUCGCAUAUAGUUUUAAAUUGA